GGCACAAUCUUGGAGUGCCACCCGACGUGCACAUCGGGCACCGUUUCCACCGCUCCUGCGUCUCCCGGCUCGGGGGUCUGGGUGGGACGUUUCUCGAGUGCCACCCCGACGUGCGCAUCGGGCACCGCUUCCACCGCUCCUGCGUCUCCCGGCUCGGGGGUCUGGGUGGCACAUUCCUGGAGUGCCACCCCGACGUGCGCAUCGGGCACCGCUUCCACCGCUCCUGCGUCUCCCGGCUCGGGGGUCUGGGUGGCACAUUUCUGCAGUGCCACCCCGACGUGCGCAUCGGGCACCGUUUCCACCGUUCCUGCGUCUCCCGGCUCGGGGGUCUCAUUUUCUGCCCCCACUGUGGCGAGGACGCGUCCGAGGCCCAGGAGGUGACGCUGCCCCGCCCCGAGGCCGCCCCGGGCACGGCCGAGCCCCCCCCGGUGGUGCCGCCCCCGGUGGUGCCGCCCCCCGAGGCCGCCCGGGCCCGCGGCCGCAGCGACGCGCCCACGCCCAGUGCCCGCAUGCGGGGUCAGGGCGAGGGCCGCGCGCCCCCCCCGGACCCCCGGGCCGAGCCCAUCGACAGCUCGGGGGGGCCGGUGCUGGCCCUGCCCUCGGGGGGGGCCCUGAGCGCCCGCGGGCUCCCCCCGGGCCCCGCCCGCGAACACCUGGAGAAGGCUCUGCUGGGCCAGGAGGCCGAGAGGAGGAAGAAGCUCCGGUUCCACCCUCGGCAGCUUUACCUGAGCGUCAAACAGGGGGAGCUGGGCAGGGUCAUCCUGAUGCUCUUGGACAACCUGGACCCCAAUUUCCAGAGCGACGCUCAGAGCAAGCGCUCGGCGCUGCACGCGGCCGCGCAGAAGGGACACCUGGAGAUCUGUCACCUGCUGCUACAGGCCGGAGCCAACAUCAACGCCGUGGACAAGCAGCGCCGGACGCCGCUGAUGGAGGCCGUGGCCAACGAUCAGCUGGAGACGGCGCGGUACCUGCUGCAGCGGGGGGGGUGCGCGUAUAGCCAGGAGGAGGACGGCUCCACCUGCCUGCACCACGCGGCCAAGAACGGGAACCUGGAGAUGGUGGAGCUGCUGCUGAGCACCGGCCAGGUGGACGUGAAUGCACAGGACAGCGGGGGCUGGACCCCCAUCAUCUGGGCGGCCGAGCACAAACACAUCGAGGUCAUCCGGCGGCUGCUGACCCGCGGGGCCGACGUCACCCUGACCGACAACGAGGAGAACAUCUGCCUGCACUGGGCGUCGUUCACGGGCAGCGCCGAGAUCGCCGAGGUUCUGCUGAACGCGCAGUGCGACCUGCACGCGGUCAACUUCCAUGGGGACACCCCCCUGCACAUCGCGGCCAGGGAGAGCUACCACGACUGCGUCAGCCUGUUCCUGUCGCGCGGGGCGGACCCCGAGGUGCGGAACAAGGAGGGCGAUUCCCCCCUGGACCUGACCCCGGAGCGCUCCGAGGUCUGGGUGGCGCUGCAGCUGAACCGGAAACUGCGCCUGGGGGCGGCGGGCCGGGCCCUGCACACCGAGCGCAUCGUCAGCAGGGACGUGGCCAGGGGCCACGAGAACGUGCCCAUCCCGUGCGUGAACGGCGUGGACGAGGAGCCGUGUCCGCAGGACUACAAAUACAUCGCCGAGAACUGCGAGACCUCCACCAUGAACAUCGACCACAACAUCACCCACCUGCAGCACUGCACCUGCCAGGACGAUUGCUCCUCCUCCAACUGCCUCUGUGGGCAGCUCAGCAUCCGCUGCUGGUACGACAAGGACGGGCGGCUGCUGCAGGAGUUCAAUAAAAUCGAGCCCCCCCUGAUCUUCGAGUGCAACCAGGCCUGCACGUGCUGGAGGAGCUGCAAGAACCGCGUGGUGCAGAGCGGCAUCAAGGUCCGGCUGCAGCUUUACCGCACGGCCAAGAUGGGCUGGGGGGUUCGGGCGCUGCAGGCGAUUCCUCCGGGCACCUUCAUCUGCGAGUACGUGGGCGAGCUGAUCUCGGACGCCGAGGCCGACGUGAGGGAGGACGACUCGUACCUGUUCGACCUGGACAACAAGGACGGCGAGGUUUAUUGCAUCGACGCCCGUUACUAUGGCAACGUCAGCCGCUUCAUCAACCACCUGUGCGACCCCAACAUCAUCCCCGUGAGGGUGUUCAUGUUACACCAGGACCUGAGAUUUCCACGGAUUGCUUUCUUCAGCAGCCGCCACAUCCGGCCCGGGGAGGAGCUGGGGUUCGAUUACGGGGAUCGGUUCUGGGACAUCAAGAGCAAAUAUUUCCCGUGCCAGUGCGGCUCCGAGAAAUGCAAACACUCGGCCGAGGCGGGCGGGGGGCGCGGGGAGGGCGCCGAAAUUCUGCCGCCAUUGCUGGCGCUGCCCCCGCCCUGAGGGACCCAAAAUCCACGGAAAUAACCCCAAAAAUAUCCCCAAAAUCCUGGAAAAAUCCCGGAAAAAAUCGCCCAAAAAUAACCCAAAAAAUCCCAGAAAAAUUCACAGAAAAUUCCCCGAGCUGCUGCCGCCAUUGCUGGCGCUGCCCCCGCCAUGAGGGACCCAAAAUCCACGGAAAUAACCCCAAAAAUAUCCUGGAAAAAUCCCCAAAAUCCUGGAAAAAUCCCGGGAAAAAUACCCCGAAAAUAACCCAAAAAAUCCACAAAAUAUCACCCAAAAAUCCCCCCAAAAAUUCCCCGAGCUGCUGCCGCCAUUGCUGGCGCUGCCCCCGCCCUGAGGGACCCAAAAUCCACGGAAAUAACCCCAAAAAUAUCCCCAAAAUCCUGGAAAAAUCCCGGAAAAAAUCCACAAAAAAUCCCGGGAAAAAUCGCCCAAAAAAUCCCAGAAAAAUCCACAGAAAAUUCCCCGAGCUGCUGCCGCCAUUGCUGGCGCUGCCCCCGCCCUGAGAGACCCAAAAUCCAUGGAAAUAACCCCAAAAAUAUCCUGGAAAAAUCCCAGAAAAAUCCCGAGAAAAAUCGCCCAAAAAUAUACCC